GUGCUGCGCAGGCGAAACGGGUCCACCACAUGGUCUUGAGACAGCAUCGAUACCGAAAGUCCCCACACCUGCCGUGCCCGUUUCUAUAACGAGCUUCGUGGAGUGAUGAUUGGGUCCAACCCCACCUCUACGACACAUACUCACACAGAGUUUAUAUUGCGAGGGAUCCUUCUGUUCCAAGAGGGAUAGGAAGAUGCCCGUGUGUUGAUGGUCUGUCAUCAAAGCCUGACAAGUUGUCCUACCUGCUGCUAGUGUUGCCAAGAAGCCACGAGAGUGUUCGCGCGACGCCACACAAAAGACCAAAGAAAACGCCGCCUCUUGUCUGCUCUGCAAGAAACCUCGCCGACCAGCCACGUCUGCUGUCGCUGUCACGACGACUUGCUUGACCAGCGAGAUGGGUUCGACAACUAAUCCAGAGACUGCCGCCUCGCGGCCUCCCAUUGCCUCCGUCCUCCCUCCACUCAUCCUCGGCACUGCCACCUUCAACACCCAGUAUGUUGACGACCCGACGCGCAUGCCCUAUCAGUCCAUCGUCUCUCGAGCUCUCGAUCUUGGCGUCAAUGCAUUCGACACGUCCCCUUACUAUGGUCCGUCCGAAGUGCUCCUGGGUGACGCACUCCAUCACCUUACCGAGCCCAACACUGCGAAUGCAAAGAUUGCAGGACCGGAGGGCGCUUCGCUGCAGAAGCACCCGCGCGAGAGCUACAUGAUCCUCACAAAAGCCGGGCGCAUCACGGGGGAUUGCUUCGACUACUCCCCUGCCUGGAUCCGGUACAGCGUGUUGCGAAGCCUCGAGAGAUUGCACACGCCCUAUCUCGACCUGGUAUACUGCCACGACGUCGAGUUCGUUUCUCCAGCUGAAGUCCUCGCGGCAGUGAAAGAGCUGCGCAGGCUCCGCGACGAGGAUGAGGUUGUGCGCUAUGUCGGCAUCAGUGGCUACCCGGUCGACGUGCUGUGUGAGCUGGCGGAGAUGAUACAGCGUGAGACAGGCGAGGGAGUCGACGCAGUCAUGAGCUACUGCCACUGCACGGUGCAGAAUCAUCGUCUGCAGGAGCUGCCACCUCUUGUACGCUUCAAGCGCGCAGGCGUUUCUGCCGCCCUCAACGCCUCCAUGCUCGGCAUGGGCCUGCUGACCACCCGCGGCGUCGACCAUGGCCCACAGGCCGCAUGGCACCCGUCGCCACCGCCACUGCGCAGGGCCUGCGCUGAGAUGGCCGCUGCCGCCACGGCCGCGCAAGAGAAGCUGGAGCGCCUCUCGAUACGUUGGUCUCUGGACACGUGGGCUCGCGCGGGUGCUCGCUCGGGGCUGGGCUUGAGCGCCAGCGACAGUAAUAGCAUUGGCGCGAGCGUGAUGGGUAUCACCUCGCUUGCAGAGCUCGAGGAGACGUGGGAUGUGUGGAUGAGCGUGCUGGCCGAGAGCGUUCCGUCGACGGCCCUCGACCCCGAGGCGGCCAAGGAGGCGUCCAAGGACGUCGUGGUGAACGGAGACAAAGACCUGCAAACUGCCUCUUUGAAACGGUGCGACCAGGUUCAACAUCUUAUCAAGGAGAAGUUGUGGCCGCUGCUCGGCGAGUGGAGAAACCACAGCUGGCCCUCGGGUGGAGACGGCUUCGUCAACGAUAGAGCGCCUGAAGAGAUGGGCGUCGUCCCCACGGACGAUGGAGUCAUUGCCAGAUUCGAGGCCAAGAAGCAGCUGGGCUGACCGGGAUGGUGGUGGUCAGAUGGAAACCUCCCAAGGCACCCUCGGUUAGAGACGGAGGGAUCCCAUGUUACGGGUUUUGCGAGUGAUGAUUUCCAAUUUCUAGAUAUUCAUCUUGCAGCACUUGUGUUCUAGAGGGACGGACAGAUACACGCUACACCGCAAGGAAUAGUCAAAAGUAGACACAUCAGAUUAAAGUUAUGGCCUAUUUGGUCUUAGC